CGUACGUCCAAAAUGGAUGUCAGGACAGCUGUUAUUUUGUCAUGCAUUUUAGGUUUAAUUUCUUUUCAUGAAGUGGAAAGUACAUUCUGUGGAUUCGAAGAUGGCAAUGCUUGUGGAUGGGUAAAUGUUAAUUUUAAGGUAUCUCGAUUCGAAACUCCCUUAGCUAAUUCGGGACCAAAGACUGCUUUCCAAGGAGAAUACUAUGCAUAUUUUUACGGAAAUGAAACUGUGACGGAUGCAAUCCUGGAGAUCCCAAAUGCUAAUGGUGGAUGUCUAUUUUUUGCCUUUCAUAUGUGGGGAUCACAAAUGGGGUCCCUCUGGGUAAACGUCACUACGGAGGAAGGAGUUCAGCCUUUGUUGGUAAAGGAGGGCAAUCAAGGCAACGAAUGGCAUUGUGUUGGCAUUGCACUACCAAUAAAUCCACUAUCCACAAUCAACAUACAUGCUAGGAGAGGUGGAAUAUCCAGUAUCUUUGGUAUAGACAACAUUUUGAUUUUUGAUCCUCUACUAGAUUCAUGCGAUGUCAUCAACUGUACCUUUGCACCGUCGCAAAUUAGAAGUACAACACAAAUGUCGAUCUCACCUUCGAUCACAAACUCGGUUAAUACCAUGGCAGGUGCCCCGACGACUCAGACUCCAGACUUCUUCACAGAGAACUUACCGCUGAUUACUGGGGUACCUGGAGGUCUUGUAUUCCUCAUUAUUAUUGCUGGUAUCUUCAUAGUUGUCUGUAGGAAGAAAGAAAAAGAGACAUUUCCAGAGAAUAUGAUGUCAGACCAAGUUCUGCAAAACGCAAGAACUAAUAAUAGAUACCGGUCAUUUCCACACAAUCAUCAGCAUGUAGAAGAAGAAGUAUAUGAUGAGAUAAAGGAAGGUCCCGAGUAUUCCUACGCCGAUACUUACGAUACACAUAAACCAUUAGAUGAUGAAUAUUUAAAGCCUAUUGAAAAAAAUGCUUAUCUGGAGCUUCUCACCACGAAAACGGAGAAAAAUAACCGAACACUGUCCGAUAAAUAUAAAGAAAACGUGGAAGAAGAAGGAUAUACGAUAUUGCCCGCCAUUACUCUCCCGAUGAGUACAGUCAAUGAAGCUCGGUCACAUGAGAAUGAGGGGUAUGUCGACCAGAAGGAUCUGAACAUUCCUAAUAGACCCGGCAAGAAAAUAUCAAUCAGUGAUCAAGGGAAUGUUACGUAUUGUGACAUCAGAUCAACUACGGAACAAAAGCAAAACAUUGCAUUGAGUCGAACCUAUCUCUCCCUCUCUCAUAUGUAAGAAUGUGAUAGCAUAAUGGGAAAAGUGGAGUUGAGGAACAGUGAUCAGGCUCAUAAAUCCCAUAAAUAGUACAAACUGUUGACAAGACAAAGACACGAACAGCUGGAAACAAAUCAACGAGGUACUUAAAGCAAUAAGCAUCCUCUGUCGAUCCGCCUCAUAACAAAUACAACAAUUUUCGAAAUACUGGCUUUAAACAAGAUUGUAAAUAACCCUGUAACAUCAACUUAAUAGUCAGAUUAUGUCUCUGUGUAAUUAUUCAUAACUAUCUAUUAUCCAAUUAAUCGGUCAUAAGUAUUGUUUAUUAUAUAAUUAUUGAUAAUCCUGAAUAUAAACUUUUAAGGUUUAUUAUUUGAAUUCCAUUUACUGCAUUAAAUAUUUCCUUUAAUGUAGGGGAUUGCCUCUCAGAGAAACAAUCAAAGGCAAACCUAUUUAAUAUCUACAUGUCACCAUUAUAGUGCUUAGAUUUUGCUAUUUAUAUCAGAAAACCUAUUUUCUUGUAAUAUCAUAUUCUUUAUAACGAGUGUGAGACGGCGUGUCCAUAGUUGCUUGUUCCUGAUAGAUGUCUCGUGGUGAUCUCCUAGGAUAUAUACACCUAUCUAAUGGUUUUCCUUAAUAUGUAGAAAUGUCUCUUGGUUAUCCUUAUAUAUUUUUUUUCUUACAUAUACGAGACCAAAAAAAAAAGCAGAGACUGCCAUGAAAUCUUUAACUGUAUAAAGUUAUCGACAUAUUUCUAUUAGCAAUCUACGUAUUUUCACUGUUGCUUUAAAAUGUAAUUCAGUGUAUAUGCAACGCUCUUUAAAAUAUUUAAGGUCUUGUCUAUUGUCGCACAGCAAGAGAGUACACGUAUCGAAGACAUGACGCUUAUCUUGGAUAUUCAUUUUUAAAAUCUUUUCAAUCUCUCAAAAAAUACGUUUUAUUUCAUGUACACUCAGCUGAAACUGAAACGUCUAGUUUUUAACCAUUUAAUGUAAGAUAUUUUAAUUUUUUCCAUAAUGGAUUUGCAGAAUCAUUUUGCACGUUAUUACAUGUAUUGAAUAAGAAAAUAAUUCCAACUGAAAUGACACCUAUCACCUUAUGUCAUUUCCACAUAAAUGAAAUAUAUUGAUAUGAACAGUAUUCAAGCUCAAAUGUCUAUUAAACACUACAAAUUUUGGAGCAGAGCAAACACGGGCCUCCAAACCAUCAAAGAUGGGAUCAGAUACCAUGGAGGAUUGAUUUAUAUAGCAACUUAUAUUCUUAUGAUUUUAAUUUUGUCCCUUUAUAGCAACGUUUCGGGUGUCAAAUUGGGUGGUAUGUUGGUUUAAAGCGUUUCAACAUUUCAGCUAAGGAAGAAGGAACGUUUAUGAACGAUCAGUGGAGCUUUAACGUUACUUCCUCUUGAAUCUGACCUUACAUAUCAAAUCUAACCCAACUGAAUGGAUGUAGAAGGUAAAGAUAAGGAACAGUGAUCCAUCUAAAUAAAAAUCCAUCAACCAAUUCAUACACAUAUGUUAAAAAGGCAUAAAACACGGGCCACUGGAAAUUCCACAGGUGGGAUCCGAUGCCUAGAAGGACUAAGCAUACCCUGUUCAUCGGUCAAACCCGCGGUGAAUCUUUUUUAUUGAUCAGAUGGACGGAACUAUUCAUAGUCAAUUAGACAAAGGCCCAAUAAUUAAUAUGAAACAAU